AUGUGCAAGAAAAAUAUUUGUGUAAAGUGUUGACCUGAAACCAAUACAAUUACAUAUAUGUACACACAGCAGAAGUGAGAUUCCAUAUGAUUUUUUAAAAAGUGAGAAAACAAAAUUCCUUUGCAUUUUCGGGCACUUUGUGUGGAAAUAUGACGGAAAAUGUGUCAGAAAAGGCACUUUGGUGUCGCCAAUGGCAAUUGUAACGCCAGUGAAGCAGCAAUAUUGCAGCAAUAAUUAAUUAGUACGAACCACGUAUUUGAAAAUAUUCAAUAUAAAUACUUUUCUAUGUGUGGUGUAGUUAAUAGACAGUCAGUCAUGAUAACCAGAAAAUUAGAGUGCCGUAAGUUUGUGCCAAAUAUAUUUGAUAAAAGAAAAUGUAGCAAUUGCUUUCGUCAACGGGAAGAGCACAAUGCUGAAGCGUUGAGCGAGUUCAACCAGAUGUCACGCAAAAUUCUCAAGUGUGGCUACUUGUUUGUCGCGCCAGACUGGGAUUUCACGAAUCCCCUGUAUCGCAGCAAACGAUGGCAACGACGGUGGUUCGUGCUGUUUGACGAUGGAGAGCUCUCGUAUUCGCUGGAUGAUCAUAUUGACACCGUGCCACAAGGAAUCGUCGACGUGACAAAAGUCGUGGAUAUUUCGUCGGCGGAAAGUACGACAGGACAUCCGUUUUCACUGUGCAUCAGCGAGACAGAUCGCCGUACCUUCGUUAAGGGAACAUUUCCCGAUGAGACCAAGUGGUGGUUCAACGAAUUGCGUAAUUUUAUGAAAACAUCCAAGGAUCGCAUUCGAAAAGACGCGUAUUUCCGCGAAAAACGUACGCCCAUGUACUUUCAAGCGUCAUCGGGUCCCAAUUCGUAUGGCGGCAGCAGCGGCGAUGUCGUCGAUUUUGGCAGUUUUACGCCGCAAUCAGAAACUGAGUCAUGCGAUACCGGUUCAAAGAGUUUAGAAUGUGCCAAUAAUAAUGUUAAUAACGAGAAAGACUUGAAUUUGAUCAAUAACAAUAGUAGCAGCUCGACAUUUUCGCGUCGUACAAAAGCUGCGAAUCGAUCACUCACGCUUCCCAUUUAUGCGAAUAUCACGCCGCGCCAUACGACGAUCAACGAUGAUGGAAAUUCUUCGGAAUUAAUGGGACCACAAACGCCACAAGAACGCGGAGAUCCCGAUGGCGAUUGUGGCGUCGAUAAAAUUUCCACUUGCAUGACACGAAGCUCCGAGUACAUCCACGACGAAAUGAUUAAACUGAAAAAGGGAUGGUUGUACAAGAAAGAUACGUGCGCCGUUUGGACCAAACAUUGGUUUUCGCAGAAUGGAGCCGCCUUGUUCUACUAUCGCGAUGCCAUUGCCGAAGAACGUGGAAUUUUGGAUGGCGUAUUGGAUCUAAAUAAUGUCACCGACAUCAAAAUUGACAACAGCAUCGAGAACAAAUUCAGUUUUGUCAUGACUACGUGGGACAAUCGCAAGAUCACGCUGGCUGCAUUAACGAAUAAUGCGCGUACCAACUGGAUUACGAUCAUAAAAGUCGCCAUCGGCAAAGAUGACAUCGACAUGAAGCCCGUAAAGACUGAGGAAAGUCUUCCCGCGCUGCCGCCAAAGACGGAAAGCAAUAAAGAGGUGGCGCCCGUCUUGAAAGAGCCACCCAUGAUGCAAGUAUUAAAGCAAACAAAGACUCAUAGGACGUCCGCGAAGCAAUCGAGUGCCGUGGAAAGUCCUCAAAAGUACACAAAAACCAUAGAAAGCCAUACAGAACAACAGUUGAGACGCAUGGGUUCCGUGAGCGAUCUCGCCGACUUACCAGAAAUCAAUCCGUACAGUAUUGAGCAACAUGUGCUCGCGAAAGAGUACACCGAACUAAAAUAUCGCUUCCAGAAAAUCAUCGAGGAGUUGCGAAUCCUGAAGAAAGAACUCAAAGACGCGUAUUACAUCUACGACACGCUGGAAAUCGACUACAAAGCCUUAAAACUCGAAAUGGACAAGUUUCGGGUGGAGGAACAGACACGCAUUGCCAUGAUGGCGGAGCGCAUCGAAGACCUCACCAACAAAUAUACGUCGGCGGAGAAGAAUGCGCGCAACUGGAAAAUGAAAUUAUCGCGUGCGGAACGUCGUCGAAGUGUUUCUCUCAAGGGACGGGAGUGUGCAAUGAAGGAACAACAGCCCGACAGCGAUCACGGUGAAAUUGUCUUUCGUGACGAUGUGCAGCUGAUCGAGAACAAGUUGACGUACCGCCUUUGCAGCUUGUUGAACGAACGCCAGCUGCUGCUGGAAAAGAACGAAUUGACGUGCCAACGGAAGAAAGAGCUCCUGAUACAGCGUCUGGCAUACGAGAGCGUGUGUUUCGAGAGCCUGAAAUCGAGUAUGCAGCCAAAGAGAUUCAACUUUCUUAAGGAUUUGUCGAUCCUCGGCGAGAUGGAGGCGAAAAUCGCCGACUUGAGUCGCAAAGUCAACAACGAAGUGGCAAGUAAUCAGCAGAAAAGUAGCGAUACCUUGACAUAUGCUCCCGUAAAGUUGGCCAUGUUCGACAUUCUGUACUUGGUGUCGCAGAAGAAGAACCACUCGAGUGUCCUGGAGAAGCUUUUGUCGUUGCAAAAGGGUUUGAUCGCGCUCGUGGAAAAGUACAAAAAGCAAAAAAUCGAGUGUUUGUUGUAUUCGCUCGCUGUCGAGAACAAAAAUUCGCGCGAAGAUGUCCUGCAAAACAUCAUCAACGAAAUCACGAAUUGUGCAAUGAAGAAAACGAACGAGGAUUUGGUCAAGUAUGAGAUUGAUCACAUGAUGGCUCUGCUUUCGCGUUCAUGUGACACGUUGUUAAAGUCCCCGUUGCCCCUGACGAUGUUCAGCACGGACAUGUACUACUUCGAGAGCUUUGUCGACAAAAUUUACCACAGUCUGAAACGCGAGCUCGCCGUUUGGGUGUCCGAACUGAACAACUGCUUCGACAAAGUACUGCUAAAAAUCAAGGAGGGACAAUGGUGUUUUCAACUGGAGCAAGAACGAAAUGCGGAAAAGAAAUUUUUGUUGUCCGACCUUUCGAAUGUUAUCGUUCUCAAGUCUGUCAUUGACGGGCAGAUUUUGUUCAUGACAAGUGACCUUUCGUCUGACGUGCCUUUCGUGCAUGAUCGCAACGAGUUUUUCACCUUUUUGGAGGAACUCAAGGAUCAGUAUCAGUAUUUGGAGACAUCUUUCGAUCCGACCAACAAAAAUUGCGAAAGUGAAACGGUGGCACUGAAACACGCAAAAAGCGAAGCGGAUGAGAUGAGUUUUUCACGCGACGCGGAAAAAACGUUACAAAAGAGGUAUUGCGAGGAAAUUGAACAAUUGAGGACACUUUGUCAGCGCGGAAUGGAUGCCAUGAGAGCGUCGCAUAAUGCCAUAGUGACAGAAAUGGAGGAAAAUCAUCGGAAACAGAUACAACAAUUGAUGGUGGAGAAGGAACAAGCUCUAGCGGAGGAAACAAAGGCAACACUGGCAGCUCUAGAUGCAAUGCAAAAAGCACACAAGAACGAAGUGCAACGUGAAAUUCUGCGAUUUAAGAAUGAAUUUAUUAGACAAAGUCAGCAAUUCACAGAUUCAGACUCACAAACAAAGGAACAAAAAAAAACGGAAUUGGAAGAAAUUCGACAAGAAAUAUGGUCUCUCUCUGAAAAAUAUACCAACAAGUGCCUGCAAGUCGCCUCUCUGGAAGAAAAGUUACAUGAAGCGCAAGAUAACACGCUGGAAUUGAAGAGUAUCAUUAGAAAACUGGAAAUAAAGUAA